AUGCAUCAGGAUGCGAAUACACUAGUGAAGAAGUGCGACAAAUGCCAGCGAUUCGGUAAUGUGCCCCACAUUCCUGCCGAACCUUUAACACCGAUCAUAAGUCUAUGGCCUUUUGCCCAAUGGGGACUCGACCUAAUCGGCCCAAUGCCACAAGGCAAAGGCCAGGUUAAGUACGUUGUGGCCGUUGUGGACUACUUCACCAAAUGGGUAGAGAACGAAGCUCUGGCAACCAUAACGGCAGCCAGAAUGGAGGACUUCGUGUGGACCCAUAUCUGUUGCAGAUUCAGUAUCCCCUAUGCAAUCAUCACCGAUAACGGCAGGCAAUUUGAUUCGAAACUCUUCAAACAGUUUUGUACCCGCCAAAAGGUCAAUCUGUUCUUCGCGUCACCAGCUCACCCCCAAUCAAACGGCCAAGUUGAAGCAAUAAACAAAAUCAUUAAGAAACUGCUGAAACAACAACUUGACAAUGCCAAGGGCGCUUGGCCAGAGAAGCUUCCCGAAGCGCUAUGGGCAAUCCGGACAUCCUUCAAAACAUCCACCGGGGAAACCCCCUUCUCUCUAGCCUUCGGAUCGGAAGUCGUCAUCUCCGUGGAGAUCAGCGAGCCUUCCUACUAA